CACGCGCCCCACCACAUCGCCCCUCUCCCCGCCUAUACACACGCCACCACCACCACGCGCGACGGACACGCUCCCCCUCACUUUCACUCCACACACACACUUCACGGUUCGCGCGACGAACAAACGGGCAGAAAAACCCUGCCACGACGACCCACGACUGAGCCGAGCGUACGCACGCACCCACGCACGCCAUGGGGGCGCUGCGGCGGUGGCUGCCGUGCUGCUGCUGCUGCUGUCGCGGCGGCGGAGGAGGUGGUGGUGGUGGGAGCGUGGGGGAUGGGCUGGUGUGGGACGUGGCCCUGAAGGCGCACGCGUCGGGGGACUACUCCGUGGCCGUGGCGCAGGCGAACGAGGCGCUGGAGGACCAGGCGCAGGUGUUCGUCUCCCCGGCGGCGACGCUCGUCGGCGUGUACGACGGCCACGGCGGCCCCGAGGCGGCGCGGUUCGUCAACAAGCGCCUCUUCUCCCUCAUCCAAGAGUUCGCGGCGCAGAGCGGCGGCAUCUCGGCGGAGGUGCUCGAGAAGGCGUUCGGCGAGACGGAGGAGGAGUUCGUGGCGUCGGUGCAGAGGUCGUGGCCGUCGCAGCCGAGGAUCCUGUCCGUCGGCUCGUGCUGCCUCGUCGGCGCCAUCGAGGACGGCACGCUCUACGUCGCCAACCUCGGCGACUCCCGCGCCGUGCUCGGCCGCCGCUCUGCCGCCGGCGCCGCCCACGGCCGCAAGGGCAAGAACAGGGUGGUUCCCGAGCGCCUCUCCAGGGACCACAACGUCGCCGACGAGGACGUCCGCCGCGAGCUCAAAGAGCUACACCCCGACGACUCCCACAUCGUCCUCAACACCCAUGGCGUCUGGCGCAUCAAAGGAAUCAUCCAGGUGUCGAGGUCGAUCGGCGACGUGUACCUGAAGAAGCCGGAGAUAUGCAAGAGCAACCCGAUGCUGCAGCAGACGAUCUGCCCGUUCCCGCUGCGGCGACCGGUGAUGAGCGCGGUGCCGACGAUCAAGACGAGGAAGCUGAGGCCAGGGGACCAGUUCGUGAUCUUCGCGUCGGACGGGCUGUGGGAGCAGCUCACCGACGAGGCGGCGGUGGCGAUCGUGGCCGGGAGCCCGAGACGGGGCGUGGCGAUGAGGCUGGUCAGGGCGGCGCAGCUGGAGGCGGCGAGGAAGAAGGACGUGAAGUACGAGAGGAUCAGGACGAUCGAGAAGGGGCAGAGGAGGCACUUCCACGACGACAUCACCGUCGUCGUGCUCUUCCUCGACAAGUGCCGCGGCAAGGCCGGCCGCGGCGACGAGAUCGACGGCACCGACGGCCCCGUCGACGUCUUCUCCCUCAGCCCCGACGACCGGGAGGACCCGACCAGGCCAGUGCUCCGUUGAUCGACGGCGGCCGGAGCUUCAAUUCCAGCCGCCGCCGGUGGUGUGUGUACGUACAUACGACUGUUCUUGGUUCUUUAAUUUGCUCCCCAAAUCGAGGUUUGCAUUUGGCGCGAAAUUGGCCGUUUCAGCCAGAAAGGUUUGGUUUUUUAAGUUGCCAGUUGCCACGCAGGUCUGGUGUUCAUCACCCUCAAAUCGUUUUCUGGUUCAAAGCUUCAAAAUUCAAUUUGUUUUGGUUGGUUUUCUAGAAAUAAUGCUGCAACCACUUCAUCGGAGAGAACUACGUGUAAUUUAGUUGUGAAGAGUAGACAGUAGUAGUACUGUAGUAGUGUCGUGUCUUGUAAAUUCUAAACAUAACAAGUUGCUCAAGCUUCUCCAUUGGAGAGAGGCAUCCAAAUUUGUUACUCCA